UAGUGAAAUAGUUAGUGAAACUAGAAUUAGAUUUAACGUCAAUUAAUAAUUUUACAGAAAAAUUAAAAUAUCUUUUAACGUUUAAUCUCAUUUUUGGAACCAAUGUUUAACCAAUUCAUUACGUAGAAUAGAGCAUUGCAUAUUUUUUUUUUUUGAUCAAACUUUUAUCAUGAUGUUUUGUAAAUUAUAGGAUAUAAACAAGAAAAAUACCUCAUAUAGAGUACCAGAAGUUUAUUUAACAAUUGCUGCUUUACAUUGAAUAGUUUCGAAUAAAACUGUUAAUGUGAGAUACGAUUGAUAUGUAUUAUAUGUGCAUUAGAUAGGUUAGCAGCACUUAAUAAUUUUUUCAUGCGUCUAUGUUAAAUACAACAUAUUAAAAUCAAUUAUAUUAAAACACAACUGUUUUCGUGCAAGAUAAAAAAAAUCGGAAAAAUUGAGAAAAAAUUCAGCAUCAUUGUUGGAAAGCAACAGAUUAGAAUAAUUUAAAAUGUACAUUUAAAAAACAAUAUACAUAUAUUUUAGCUUUUUUUUAGCUCAAAUUUAAAUAAAUUUUUACACUGUUAAAAAUUUAUUGUUUAAAUAAUGAAUAUUGACUUGGACAAUAAUGAGCCAAUUGAAAAAAGAAUUAAAUUUAAUGAAAUAGAAAAUGAUUCAUUCAAUAUUUUAGAUGAUAAAAGUAACAGAAAUAAAAAUCCUGAAUGUCAAGAAAAGACAGAUUUUACAGAUAACGAAGAUGAAAAUAUGCCAUUAAGUAAAGAUGAUGAUGACGAUGACGAUGAUGAUGAUGAUGAUGAUGAUGAUAGCUUAUUUCCAUUUCCUCCAGAUAGUGAUGUUACAGACAUGUUGGAAGGAGUAAAAUAUCAUGGAUUGUUUCCUACAAUUACAGAUCGUUAUUUUACUGCCUAUUACAAAUUAGAUGUACAAAGUUAUACAGAUGAUAUCUGUAUUUUAAUGCAUAGUAAUCGAAUUUGUAUGCUUACUCUUGCCCCAAGUCAUGCAAUUCUUCAAGAUGAUAAACAAAUAACAAAAGUAGAUUUUAAAGUUAGCAAUAAAUUAGAUAGAGUUCAGAAUAAAGUUUCUGGUAAGAGCAAACACGGUGCUCAACCUUUACAAAUGAAUUCCAAUAUUUGUAAAAUUACUUGUUCAGAUGAAAAACCAUAUAUUAUAAAAUGUUGUUUAAUUGGCAAAUUGGUAGAAGUAAAUGAAACAUUAAUACAAAAUCCUAAACUCUUGUUAGAACCUCCACAUAAAGGAGGCUAUUUAGCUAUAAUAUUGCCAAAUAUAAAACUUUUAGACAAAAUGAAAGAAUCUUUAUUGACUCAAGAACAAUAUAACUUGAAAAUGUUAGAGCGACAAAGUACUGCAAAUCACUUGGAAAAGUCAAAAAUAUGUACAUCGGAUACUUCAUUAAAAGAUGAUAUAAAAAUAAUGAAUAAAAAAAGUCAUUUAAACUCUGAUAAAAAUCAAAUUAUAUUGUCUAAUAUAAGCUGAUUUUAUUUGAUCAAAUAGCAUUAUACAUAUUUGAUUUAAAUUUCUAAUAAGUAAUAAAAAAAUUUAUUUAUAUUUUAUUACAAUUAACAUUUCAGAAUGACAAUUUUAAUUAUUACUGUUUACAUUUUAUAAUGCUGUAAUCUUUGGUAUAAUCUUCAAUUCAUAAAUUUAGAAUAUUAAAAAAUGGUUUUAUUUAAGUUAUGUAUUUCAGUGGAUUAUAUUAUCAACAAUACUAAAAAUUAUUAUGUGAUAAAGAUUGUAAUUGAAAUUCAAUAUUGUCUUAUGGCACCAAACAUAUAAUUAAAAUUAAUUAUUUAGUUUACUGGAA